AUGACGUCUCAAUCCGAAAUAUUUAAAUCAAUCGUACCCCACAACUUGUCGUCUUCGCGAAGGCACAGCGAUCCGCACCAUGUCUCGGGAGACAAAAGUGUCCAAUUAAGACCACACGAGAAGGGAGCAUCUUCGACUCCAGACCCACCUGGUCCAACGGGGGAAAUAAUACACUCCAGAGGACAGGCUUCUUUUGUAGCGCCGAUCUUGAGCAAUCAAUUGGAGCAUAAUUUCUUCGGAGCCAUUGGAGUUUGA